AUGUCACAAACAAAUCCACCAUCAAGAUGUCCUGAACUACUCCGUAAAGAAUGCACAGAUAACUCAGCUCCACAUUACGCCUGCAAGGUUAAAUGCAUUGAUAGUAUUCAGUACAAAGAAGACUGCGACAAUCUUCCUUCAGGCGAAACGAAAUGCGUAUAUUGGUAUCUAAUUCGUGGUUCAUCAAAGCCAAGAUAUGAUUUUGAUAAUGCAAAAUCAAUAAAAAAGUUUGUUGUUUAA